AUGGAGAAGACACGCACAACCGAAUGCGGUACCAUGGAAGUUCUUGGCGAAAAGGAGCAGAAGAAGUUGGUACGAAAGAUAGACUCACAUCUCAUGCCCAUCUUGAUUAUCAGUUAUGGUCUUCAAUACCUCGAUAAAACAAGUUUGUCGUAUAGCGCAAUUUUAGGAAUCCAGCAAGAUUUGAACCUUCACGGUCAGCAGUAUAGCUGGACAUCAAGCAUAUUCUAUAUCGGUUACCUGGUUGCGUCAUAUCCCAUCUCAUUAGGCUUCGUCAAGUUCCCUCUUGGGAAAUAUCUUAGUAUCUUGAUUCUGCUUUGGGGUAUCGUCCUGACUCUACACACCGUCGCGACCGAUUAUGCGAGUCUCAUGGUCCUGAGAACGUUGCUAGGUGUCUUUGAGAGUGGUAUCAGUCCUGGUUUCUCUCUAAUUACUGGUAUGUGGUACACACCAAAGGAGCACGUUUCACGACACUCGUUUUGGUUUGCCGGCAACGCAUCAGCCAGCAUAGUCGGCUCGAUGAUUGCCUAUGGUAUUCUCCAUUAUCAAGGAUCUUUCUCUCAGUGGAAGAUGCUAUUCCUCAUAUUUGGUCUUAUUACUGUUCUCUGGUCUGCGAUUGUUUGGUUCUACCUCCCCGACUCGCCCGAGACUGCUAAAUUCCUUACCCCUGCUGAACGUGAGAUGGCCGCACUUCGGCCCAAGAAGUUCCAAAGAACCACCCAAACUAAGAAAUGGGAUCGUGCCCAGUUCCUUGAGGCCAUCAAGGACCCUAAGUCGUGGUGGUUCUUCUUUUUCUCCUUCGUCACUUGUAUUCCCAAUGGAGGAACGACCAGCUUUAGCACUCUUGUCAUCAAGAGUUUUGGAUAUGACAGCUUCAAAACAAUUCUCAUGGGUCUCCCCGCUUCUGGUUUCCAGCUUCUCACCGUCAUCCUUGCCGCUGUCGGCACUACGUAUCUCCGCAGGUCGCGUCUUGUUGCCCUCGUCCUCAUCUACCUCAUGGCUAUUUCUGGUAUUCUCAUGAUCAAAUUGCUACCUACAACAGAAAGGCUCCCUCGCCUUGCGGGCUUCUGGCUUAUCACAGCCGUGGCUCCUGCCUUUCCACUAAUGCUUUCUCUGUCGGCGAGUAACAUUGCAGGAUUUACCAAGAAAUCCACUGUUAUGGCAAUGAUAUUUUUGGGGUAUUGCGCUGGUAACCUCAGCGGACCGCAAUUCUUCAUUAGCACUGAAGCUCCCAACUAUUCUACGGCUUACACUGCCAUCUUGGCCUGCUUCGCCAUUACAAUCGUCCUAGUCGUCAUACUGCGCUUCUACCUGGUGCGAGAGAACAGUGUCCGGGACAAGGAGCAGGGCAUGCAGAGGGAUCCUGAAGAGGUUCGUGAGGUAGACCUCGGUCAUGAUGAGCAAUUGCUCGACGUGGACGAGACAGACAAGCAGAACAGAGACUUCCGUUACAUUCUGUAA